CAGAGUGAUCCUCUGCAGCUCACGGAAACUCUCAGAAUACUUGACUCCUGCUCUGAGUGUUGAACAGUUUGUAGCAGGUAGCAGUUCUCUACUGCUCACUCUUCACUACACUGUGUCUCAGGAUAUUCACUUGGCUUUACACGAAAAAUCAAGAAAAUGACUCAUUUUAAUAAAGGACCAGCCUACGGAUUAUCUGCUGAAGUGAGAAGCAAAAUUGCUCAGAAAUAUGACCAACAAAGGGAGGAGGAGCUCCGCUUCUGGAUUGAAGAGGUUACAGGAAUGACUAUUGGGGAGAACUUCCAGAAAGGCUUGAAGGACGGAGUCAUCCUCUGCGAAUUGAUUAAUAAGCUUCAGCCUGGUUCAGUAAAGAAAAUCAACCUUUCACAGCUGAACUGGCACAAGCUGGAAAACCUUGGGAAUUUCAUCAAAGCUAUCCUGGCUUAUGGAGUAAAGCCCAAUGACAUCUUUGAGGCCAAUGACCUCUUUGAAAAUGGCAACUUGACUCAAGUCCAGACCACACUGCUAGCACUGGCCAGCAUGGCAAAGACCAAAGGUAUGGACACAAAGAUCGACAUCGGGGUGAAAUACGCAGACAAACAGGCUCGGCAUUUUGACAACGAGAAGAUCAAGGCGGGUCAGUGUGUCAUUGGACUGCAGAUGGGAACGAACAAGUGUGCAAGUCAGGCUGGAAUGACUGCGUACGGAACCAGAAGACAUCUGUAUGAUCCAAAGACUCAAACUGAUAAACCCUACGACCAGACCACCAUCAGCCUUCAGAUGGGCACCAAUAAAGGAGCCAGCCAGGCAGGCAUGUCAGCGCCCGGCACCCGCAGAGACAUCUACGACCAGAAGGUGGCGCAGCAGCCUCUGGACAAUUCCACCAUCUCACUCCAGAUGGGCACCAACAAGGUGGCGUCUCAGAGGGGUAUGAGUGUGUACGGUCUAGGCCGCCAGGUCUACGACCCCAAGUACUGCGCCCCCCCAACAGAGCCAGUCAUACACACCAACGGCAGCCAGGGCACCGGCACCAACGGCUCUGAGAUCAGCGACAGUGAUUAUCAGGCCGAGUUUCAGGAGGACGAUUUCCACGGAGGUUACCACGACGACUACAGCUCCCAUUACAAUGAUCAGGGCAUUGACUAUUAGUGGAGACCUCCACCUCCAGAGCAGUAUUAAGGAGUGUAUUUCUAUCAAGUCCACAACAGAGCAAGUCUUUUGCUAUCCUCAUAGUCCUUUUAUUAUCUUGAAGCAUAAAAUGAAAUGCUUCCUUGAGUGCAUUCCUUCUUCGCCUCAACUCUUUGAUUUGAGCAGCAAACGUUUGAAAGAAGUAUUAGCAUAGAAUAAUGAGAUACAGAUACAAACGUUUUUUAAGCUUGACAACAUUCUUUUUAUAACCCACCUUUUAAAAGAUGUCUUAAUGAUGGAACACUGAAGUAGUAUAACUUUGUUGAGUGAUGGUGUAGCAUCAGGGGAAGUUGCUGCAUUCCAAUGUGUGUAUUCCUGCACUGAAGCAGUGCUGAUGACCCAUGUGUAGUCCUAAACAAUAGGCUGAUUGAUGUGCUUCUCUCCCCUCUGUGUUCUGUCUUUGUUCAUAACAAGCAGCCACAGUUUGUGAUAUUGGUAUUCUUUAAAUGUGUAAUAAUCACUAGAAGAGUUAGUUUUGUUUUCCUUGGAUUGAUGAGUAUGUAAAUUGUGAUGGCUGUUCAGAUAGUGAAGAUGACCAAACUGAGCUAGACUUCUUCAUGUCAUCACACAACCUAUAUUUCCAUAUUUUCCCCCUUGUAUUCCCAAUUUGUAUUUAUUGCAGUGACUCUUGUUGUAAGUCAGUCCACCAUAUG